AUGGACAUUUCUCGGGUUAUCAAACCCUGGAAACUCAGUUCUCAACGAGUUUUGGUCUUUCUGAAUGCAACAAUUAUCGACCCGGUUCAGGGCGAGCUGGUUCAAAAUGCCACAGUCCGAAUUUCGGAUGGGAAGAUCACCCAGAUCGUCACCGACGGCUCAACUAAAGCCACAGAAGAUGUACCAGAAGAUAACAUUAUUGAUCUGACCGGGAAGUACCUAUGUCCUGGCUUGAUCGACUGCCAUGUCCACAUCGCCGUGGUCCCAGGCGAAGCCGAUCUCCGUGCCUACAAGGACAUGACCGAGCGUAUCAGUCUUCUCCGUCAGCCACUCGUCCUGAAAUCUAUGCUUGAACGUGGCUUUACCUCAAUCCGAGACUGCGGUGGCGCAAGUCUAGCGAUCAAGGAAGCCGUUGAGGAUGGAGUCUUCCCUGGACCUCGUCUCUUCAUCGCCGGCUAUGCCUUGUCCCAGACUGGUGGACAUGGUGACAUGCGCGGCUGUCACGACGCUCAACUUUGCUGCGGAGGCUCACUGUCUGGAAUCAGCAGGAUUGUCGACGGCCCUGCAGAGUGCUAUAAGUAUGCCCGUGAGGAACUGCGCCAGGGAGCGGACUUUAUCAAGAUUAUGGGAGGUGGAGGUGUUGCAAGUCCCACAGACCGCAUCGAUCAUGUCCAGUUUUCAGACGAGGAGAUCAAGGCUAUUGUCACUGUUGCGCGUAAUGCCGGCACCUAUGUCACGAGUCAUAGCUAUACACCGCAGGCAAUUCAACAGGCUAUCAAGCUUGGCGUGCGCGGCAUUGAACAUGGAAACCUCAUCGAUCUUGAAACCGCAAAGAUAAUGGCUGAGAUGGAUGUCUUCUUGACACCAACACUCAUUGCACACGUCAUGUCCAAGCAAUUGAAUUUCCUACCUCCCGAUGGCGCUGCUAAGAACGAUGAGGUUCUCGCGAAGGGACUUCAGGCAAUGAAGAUGGCGGUUGAGGCUGGUGUGACUGUUUGUUUUGGUAGUGAUCUUCUCGGUCCGAUGCAUUUUGCUCAGAGUAAGGAGUUCUCGGUUCGUAGUAAGGUCUUGACGCCUCUGCAGAUUCUUCGCAGUGCUACUGUCAAUGCUGCUCGUCUGAUUAUGCAGGAGGAUCGACUUGGUCAGAUUCGGGAGGGAUUUGCUGCCGACCUGCUGAUUUUGAAUGAGAACCCGCUGGAGGAUAUUACUGUUUUGGAUAAGGUUGAAGAGCAUGUGAUGGGUGUGAUUAAGGAUGGGAGGGUUUACACCUCGCGGUGGGGGGCUCUCAAGGUAGAUACUUGA